AUGCCCGUCUUCAACUGGGUGGCACUGAAGCCAAGCCAGAUCGAUGGCACCGUCUUCACCGAGCUCAAUGACGAGAAGGUGCUGCAGGAGCUGGACAUGAGUGACUUUGAGGAGCAGUUCAAGACCAAGGCGCAGGGCCCCGCCUUGGACAUCAGUGCCCUCAAGGUGAAGGCCACGCAGAAGACUCCCAACAAGGUCACCCUCAUGGAGUCCAACCGAGCCAAGAACCUGGCCAUUACCCUCCGCAAGGGUGGCCGCAGCAUCCAGGACAUCUGCACGGCCAUCGAGACGUAUGACCAGCAAGCCCUGAGCCUCGACUUUCUGGAGCUGCUGCUGCGCUUCCUGCCCACUGAGUACGAGCGGACGCUCAUCGGGAAGUUCGAGCGGGAGCAGCAGCCGCCGGAGGAGCUCUCGGAUGAGGACCAGUUCAUGAUCCGCUUCAGCAAGAUCCCACGCCUGGCUGAGCACAUGAACGUCAUGAUCUUCCUGGGCAACUUCAAUGACACGGCCCAGCUGCUCAUGCCGCAACUCAACGCCAUCAUCGCUGCCUCUAUGUCCCUCAAGUCCUCCAGCAAACUGCGCAACAUCCUCGAGAUUGUCUUGGCCUUCGGGAACUACAUGAACAGCAGCAAGCGCGGGGCAGCCUACGGCUUCCGGCUGCAGAGCCUCGAUGCGCUCCUGGAGAUGAAGUCGACGGAUCGCAAGCAAACGCUGCUGCAUUACCUGGUGCGGGUGAUCACGGAGAAGUACCCCGAGCUGACCGGCUUCCACACCGAGCUGCACUUCCUCGACAAGGCGGGCACAGGUAGCGCCC